UAUGUCUGAACAAACUAACUCUGUUGGGGUAGUUUAUAAUAUAACCCUUUCAGCAAACCCCACUUUGUUUACAAAAUAUCAUAGCACCUGCGCCUGUUCUUUUCUCUGAUCCUUCAACACCGUUUUCCAUUUUCCUCCUCACUCCCAAGAAUAAGGUGAUUGUGCUUAACUGAUUCAAGUCCUUUUCCACAGCUCCUUGUUGUGAAUUUGGAAUUUGGAGUAUGGCACUCUAUGGAACUGCCUUAUCCUUUAAUGGGCUUUCUUUUUCCGUCAAAGAGUUUAAUUUCUUGCCGGGUUUGUUCAUCAAUAGCUUUCAGAAGCAACAUCAUGCUUGUCUGUCACCAUCCUUUGAUCAAAAUAGGUUAGUUUUCGGUAAAAGUUUAGAAAGAGGAGGCCAACUGUGUCUUUUGCCUAAUCAAUGCCUCAAGUUACAAAUGAGAAGAUUCAGGACACAACCGGGCGUAAAAAGUGAAGACUCGGAGAGCGUGUUGAGUAGCGAGAACAUAGCAUUAGAUGAACACACUUUAGUGGAGGAGCUGCAGAAAGCAAUUGCUGAGGAGAAUUAUACUAGAGCAGCAGAAAUAAGGGAUACUCUAAAAAGCCUUCAAAAAGAUAGCAAAAUCGAAGUGUUAGGAGUAAACAGCAAGUUUUAUAAUGCAUUCAGGGAUGGUGACCUUGCAGGCAUGCAAGCCAUGUGGGCGAAAAGGGACGAAGUAUGCUGCGUACAUCCUGGUUUGAAAGGAAUAUCCGGAUACGAUGAUGUUAUCGAGAGCUGGAAUUAUGUAUGGGCUAACUAUGAAUUUCCACUGCGAAUUAAACUAGAAGACAUUAAAGCUCAUGCUAGAGGGGAUAUGGGAUAUGUGACUUGCAUGGAAUUUGUAAAGUCGAAAGGAGGAAGAUGGGGAGGACAAUUUGUAACGAAUGUGUUCGAGAGGAUCGAUGGUGAGUGGUUUAUUUGUAACCAUCAUGCUUCGCCAGUGGAUAUAUGAAUUGAUGCAUAGUUGUUGUCUUUCGUCUUAACUCAGUUUUCCAUUUUUGAUGUGUUGUAUAGAAAUAGUCGUUGGCCUCGAAAGUUUCUCUUUUUUUUAUGUUACAACUUGAGUACACAAAUUAUCUUAGAAGCUUUGACAUAUGGAUUAAUGGAUUCAA